AUGUGGAAAACCUAUUUGUAUCAUUUACAAGAACAGGCUCCUCAUCCAAAACCUAUUCAAUGUAAACAUCCUGUUCCGAAUCGUCCAAAACAAUAUGGUUUAGAAUUUCAUGGAUUUAUUAGUCGACAAGAUGUUGAAACAUUAAUGGCAGAUAGUGAAGAUGGAUCAUAUUUAGUUCGUGAAUCUCAAAAUCCACCAAAUUCUUAUACUUUGGCUAUUAAAUUUAAUUUUGAAAUUAAAUAUUAUAAAUUAUAUUAUGAUCAAUUAAAUUCACUUCAUUAUGUUGGAGAAAAACGUUUUGACUUAAUUGAAGAUUUAGUUCAUGAUGGUCUUAUAUCAUUUUAUUUGGAAUCCAAAGCGAGUGAUUAUAUUGCUUUGAUGGCUUGUGAUUCAAACUGUUAUCAAGAAAGUCCCUAUGCACAAUAUAAAACUCAGCUAUUAAAUAGACACCAAAGACAACACCAAACAUUUCAUCAAAUUGAAAAUAAGGAUUCGUCAUUGAACAGUGCCAUUCGUCAAUGUGCUCGAUCUCAUGAUUUGAAUUAUUUAACCGCAACACCACCAAAUCAAUCACAUCAUUUAUCAAAUCAACGUCACAGUACAACAGAAUUAUUAACAUCAAUAAAAUCUUCAUCUUUCUCUCGUAAUCAUCCAACACCACCACAUCUUCAACAACAUUCUUCAGCCAUGACAUCUUCACUGACAUCAUCAAUUGGUCAAACAAUUUCUUCAAAUAAUAAAACAUCCUCUUCAACAUCUCAACAGUCAAAUCCUCUAUUUUUUGAUCGUAUUCUAAUAAUGCAAUCCGAAAAACAACAUAAUUUUAAACUACAUUCGUUUAAAGGACCACAUUGGUGUGAUUAUUGUGCAAAUUUCAUGUGGGGAUUAGUCUCACAGGGUGUCAAAUGUUUAGAUUGUGGAUUUGAAGCACAUAAACGUUGUUCAGAAAAAGUACCACAAGAUUGCGUUCCUCAAAUGAAAUAUAUUAAGAGUAUAUUUGGUGUUGAUUUAACAACUCUAAUCAAAGCUGGUAGUGGUAGUUCAUCGAAUUCCAUCAUUCCCAUUGUUGUUGAUAAAUGUAUAUACGAGAUAGAAACACGAUCAAAAGCUUUGGAUACAGAUGGACUCUAUCGAAUACCCGGCUUUAAUGAUGUUGUUGAAGAAAUUAAAUAUCAAUUUGAAAAAGAUUCUGAUACAAUUGAUUUAUCCUAUCAACGAUAUCCAGAUAUACACGCAAUUGCUUGUGUUCUUAAAUUAUAUCUCAGGCAAUUACCCAUUCCAUUAAUUACAUUUGAUGUUCAUACUCAACUUCUUGAACAUAUGCAACAACAAUCAUCUAUUCCAUUAUCAUCUCGAAUUCAAACAUUAAAACAAAUUCUUCGUAAAUUACCACCCGCUCAUUUUCAUACAUUAAAAUUGUUAUGUGAACAUUUAUUAAAAGUUAGUCAACAUUCAAACAAAAAUCAAAUGUCUAUCGAUAAUUUGGCUAUUGUUUUUACACCGACUAUAAUGCGUUCAGAAAAUCCAGAUCCUCUCAUUGCAUUAAAAAAUUCAAAAUGUGAACAAAGAUUAUUAGAAUUAUUAAUUGAAUAUUGUCAUGAUUUAUUUAUACCUUAA